AUGUCGCCGUGCAGGCUGUGGAAAGAGAGCCUGGCUCUGGCCGAGGACUACAUAGACCUGUGCUGCACGGCGGACCCCGGCGCGGCCCCGCCGCCUCCCGGCGAGGCGGCCGCCACCAUGAGGCGCGUGGGACGGCACGCCGAGUCCCUCAACGAGGCGUCCUUCCACAGCCUGGCGCAGACCUUCCUCCGGAGUUGCGGGCCCGACCUGAGCUAUUCCUUCCGGAGAGUGAUGGAGGAGAUGGUGAGCGAUGGACUUUUGAAUUGGGGGAGAGUAGUAUCGCUCUUCGCCUUCACGGGCGUGCUGGCCAGGAUGCUGAGGGAGCAACGCGAGAAGGCUCCCAGUGACGCCACUAAGACGAAGGGGCUGGACCUCGACACGUGGCCACAGAUUUGCAGGAAGCUGGCAGAAACCAUCGCGGACUUUCUCGGGGAAGAGAAGAAGGAGUGGAUGCUGGAAAACAAUGGCUGGGAGGGUUUUUGCAAGUGGUGCGUCAGACAUUCCGGUCAGGACUUGUCAAUGAAGACGGCGCUGCUGGCCGCGGCCGGCGUGGGCUUGGCCGGACUGACCUUCCUGCUGGGCCGCUAA